AUGUCCCUUGACUAUUCUGUAUUUGCCUCUUCAAGUUUCGACCCUAACGAUUAUGCCAAUGCUAUUCUUGCUGGAGAGCCUUAUCUACCUUUAGAUGGUCCCUCAACAACGAUCGCCAAGAAAUCCAAGUUGAAUCCAUCUGAAGCUUCUACAAAGUCUGAAGAUAUCUCUCUUGCCAUCUCCAAGCUUUCAGUAGGAAUAGAUGACAUUGCAAAGCAAAUCAAAGCUCUCGUUACGUCCCACCAUGAGCAGUUACUUUCACAGGCAGCCAACGCAAAUCAACUUUCUGGUUCUCUCACUUCAGUACGAGCUGGUCUUACAGACCUGAACACGUCUGUGGACAAGCUGCAACUCAAGAUUCGGCUACCAUAUCAAUCGUUGCAGGAGAAUGUAGCCCGUUUACAAAGGUUCCAGCAAGCUUCCGACAUUCUUCGUCGAACAUCGCGUUUUGUGGUGCUGGCACGAAGACUCACGAGUCAGAUGGCAGAAAUAGAGACCUUGCCCCCAAGAGAAUUGGAAAUUGACGUGCCGCAACGAGGAAACGCCCAAAACGGGGACAUCGAAGACGAAAAGGAGCGGACGAUUGCCAAGGCUGCCCUAAGUAUCGCAGAACUUGUCGCGCUCCUCGAUGGUCCCAAAGACGACAAGGAUAAUACCGAAAAUGCACUGGAAUCGGAAGAGCCGCUCAGCAUACCAUCGUUAACCAACACACCGUCCCUACGCUCAAUAACCGCUGUCGUCGCAUUCAUACCGUUCUUAGAAGAUUCACGCACAAAAGUAACGAACGAGAUGGAGAACAUGGUCUUGACCGGGUUAACUACUUUGAACCAGUCUUUGCUUUCCUCAUCGCUGCACACUGCUUAUAAUCUUCGAGUGUUGCCAAAACUCGUUCAAAACCUGAUCACCGAUCUCGCUCAGGCUGUGGAGGAGCGAAUACGCAGUGCGUUCGAUGCGAACAAAAUAUCACGCGAUGCUUCAGGAAAAGAUGCUGCCGCGAGCCCCUCCCAGACGCAGUCACCUACUCUAUACAGAUCUCGUGUCCGCACUGAACCGACAAAUGUUACUGCUCCCCAGUGGAGUGCUGCGCUGUGGACAAGGUUGGAGAAAAUGGUGGAAGAAAUGACGGAUUGUUGUAAAAAAGUUUAUGCGCUCGAAAAGGUGCUCAAGAUGAAAAGGGAUACCAGUUCCCAAGCAAAUUUUCUGGAUGAAGCAAUGAAGCUUCUCGAAAACACCCCUAGCGCUACGUUUUGGACUUCGCUUAGUCGCUCCUUGGAGAAGACAACGCGUGAUUCUGCGAGAGGAUCGGCGUUUCUCCAACAGAUCUUGAGCACAGGAUAUCCACGACUGCUUCGACUUUUCCACGAAUUCUUCGCCAAAGUUGCCGUGUACACCGAUACAGUCUAUAUUCACACUCACCAAAGUCCAGAAACAAUUCUAGUUCUGCAUGCCUUGUCGAUCUUUGAGUCCCAGUACCUGGCUCGUUCCUCCAACAAGCUUACCGAAGGAGUUGGGCAAGCAUUCGCAGGGGGGUCCCGUUCCCCACCGGGAAUGACGGAAGCUGUGAACGUUACGAGGACGUUUGCUAACGAGCUGGAUACAGCAAAAUUCGAUCCUCUCUUGGUACGAUCAGUGGCGAAAAGCGUUGCAUCGAGUAUAGAUACGCUUCUAACGAGAACCGAAGGUCUGGUCGCUCGAGAUCGAUCUGUGCUGACGCUGGUCGGGCCCUCAGCCACACCUACACAGGUCUUGAAUGGGUCGUUGGCUACAUUCCUUCACCAUUGUCAUUUUAAGAUAACCAAGCUCUUUGACGAGUACUCUGAUGACAUUUCCCAAAUUCUCAAACCCAACACAGAGAAAUUGGAUCAAGCAUACCAGAAAAUCGUAGACCCCAUAUUGACCGCCAUUCGACGUGACCUCGGCAAUAUUAUUGAUCGAAUACACCGAACAGACUUUGGAAGAUCUGACCCCACUGCAGGGAUGGGAGGAGCAAGCUUGUACAUGAAAGACCUCGUCGACAAGCUUACCUUCAUAAGGAACGAAAUCUUGAGUAGAUUAUUAGUUGGUGAGGAUGUACAGAAGUUUGUUGUGUCGAUCGUCAAGUUUGUCCUGAAGAUCUUUGUGAUACAUGUAUCCAUCACACGACCGUUGAGCGAAAGCGGCAAACUGCAGUUGACGAGCGAUAUGACUGAAUUCGAAUUCGCAUUGAAUGCAUUCAUGAUUGACCCACAGACCAAACGUGGCGAUAGUUUGGACAGCAUUGGCGAUGAGUAUGUUGCACUGCGCGGGAUGAGGCCUUUGUUGUUUUUGGAUAAUGCUCACCUUGCUUCGCCGGCGCAUACUUCUGGGCUUCCACCGCUGAUUGUCUUGAACCAUAUCCUCGUUCGAUCUCCGUUGCCUUUACCCCAUACGUAUCACGGCUGGCAAGAUGCAGAAUACGUACGCUACGUGGACGAGCAUUCGGAGCAACAGGUGUGGUCACUUGUGGAAUCUGCAUUAGACCGUUGGGAAAACAUCGAUGUUAGUGAUGAGGUGAACUCGGACAAGGGAGAGGAAUAUGUCGAAUUGGCGAGAAAAGUGUUGAAAAACUCGGCUAGAUAA